GCGACGUCUUCUUGUAGUACGGGACUUUGAGACCUUUUAUCAGUCAAGAAGAGCCGUUUCGAAGAUGUCUUUAGAGAGAGAAAACUGCAGAAAGAGGGUGAUGGAACUUGUGGACAAACCCGGAAAUAGAAACUGCGCCGACUGCGGAGCGACAGAUCCAGAGUGGGCAUCGUAUACUCUAGGUGUGUUUGUAUGCCACAGCUGCUCAGGCCUUCACAGAAACAUCGCACAGAUCAGCAAGGUCAAGUCUCUUCUGUUGGACCCUUGGACCACAGAACAGUUGGAGUUCAUGGACUCUGUGGGAAACCAUGUCGCCAAAGCCAAAUUUGAGCAGAACGUCCCCGCUUUCUACUACCAGCCCUCUCAUAAAGACUGUGCACUUUUGAGGGAGCAAUGGAUUCGCGCAAAGUACGAAAGGAAAGAGUUCAUGCCUGGGGGGACGCAGGAAUCCUACUCAGCAGGUUACCGCGAGAGGUUUCUAUGGAAACGAGGCAGAGACAACGGACAAUACCUCAGCCGAAAAUUCGUCCUGUCAGAACAAGAGGGUGUGCUCAAGUAUUUCAACAAGCAGGACGCCAGAGAGCCUAAAGCGAUAAUGGACAUCAGUACAGUGAACGCAAGCUUCCAGCCAGCCAAAAUUGGCACAGCUCACGGGCUUCAGAUCACCUACUUGAAGGACAACAGCACUCGCAAUAUCUUUGUUUACCAUGAGGAUGGCAAGGAAAUGGUGGACUGGUUUAACGCCAUCCGAGCGGCCAGAUUACACUACCUGCAGGUGGCUUUCCCAGGAGCUCCCACAGAUGUUUUGUUGCCCAAAUUGACCAGGAACUACUUGAAGCAGGGCUUCAUGGAGAAAACCGGUCCUAAGCACACAGAGGGUUUUAGGAAGAGAUGGUUCGUCAUGGAUGAUAGAAGGCUCAUGUACUUCAAAGAUCCACUGGACGCAUACGCGCGAGGCGAAGUGUUUAUCGGUAGCAAGGAAAGCGGCUACUGCGUCCUGCCGGACCUCCCGCCGGGUGUUCAGAGCACCCAUUGGCAGUUUGGGAUCACCAUAGCGACGCCGGAUAGGAACUUCCUUUUCGUGUGCGAGAGCGAGCGGGAUCGGACGGAAUGGAUAGCAACUUUCCAGAUGGUCGUCGACCGACCAAUGCUUCCUCAAGAGUAUGCAGUGGAGGCCCAUUUUAAGCACAAACCCUGACUAUCUGGCUGUUAGAAGGAUGAGUAGGAAGAAACUGAUGAACAAUUUUUCCGAAUCUUCCUUGUCGAACAUGACUGUCACACUAUGAGCGGAAAGACAAAAUGCGUAAGUCAGAAGAUAAUAUUCGUCAUCAUUGUUAUAGAUGUAUUAAUUUUAUUAUUCAAAGCCAGUAUAACAAAAAAUUCCUGAAAUCAAUGCCGCAAUUUUGCUGCUUAUGUAGUUUUUUUUUCUUGUUCAGUAGGGGGAAACAGAUUGUUUUGACUGUUCAAUUGAUUUUGUAAAACCUGCAAAGUAAUGGGGGUAAUUGACAUGACGUCAUACACUCUUCCGGGUUUGCCGAUAGGAGUGUACAGCGAGGAAAAUAAGUAUUUCAACACCCUGUGAUUUUGUAAGUUCUCCAGCUUAGAAAUGAUGGGCGGGUUUGAAAUUUUCAUAGUAGGUGCUUGUCCACUGUGAGAGACAAUCUAAAAAUAUCCAGAAAUCACAGUGUAUGAUUUUUAAACAACGGCUGAAAAUAAGUAUUUCAACACCUGAGAAAAAUCAAAGUCAAUAUUUGGUACAGUAGCCUUUGACUACAAUUACAGAGGUCAAGCAUUUCCUGUAACUCUUCACCAGGUUCGCACAGACUGCAGCAGACAUUUUGCGCCACUGCUCCACACAGAUCUUACCUCCAUCAAUCAGGUUUCUGGACUUUCAGUGAGAAGCACAGAGUUUUAGCUUCCUCCAAAAAUUUUCUAUUGGGUUUAGGUCUGGAGACUGGCUAGGCCCCUCCAGUACCUUGAUUGUUUUUUACGAAGCCCAGUCAUGACCCAUUUUCAAUACUCUAAGGUAGGCAUGUGCCGGUAUGAAAUUUUGAUGAUACGAUAACCAUGAGCCAAAAAUACAGCGGUUUUACGGUAUCACGGUAUUGCAAUUAUAGUUCCAAAAUGUGUUGUUUUGAGAGGUAUGGGUUUUAAAAAAAAACAAAAAAAAAAAACACUUUUUUCUGGGUUUUUAUUUUUCAGAAAAUAUUCAUAUUUUAUCAUUUAAACUAAUUUAAUAAUAAUUUUACUAUAUUUAACUUUAUGUUUAUAUUUUAUUUAUACAAAAUGGAACAUGAAUAUAAUGUUAAAAUAAAAAAAUAAAUAAAUAUUUUCAAGGGUAUGACAACACCUGGGGAAAUGCUAAUAUUCCAUCAUUUAUCCAUCAACGCAUGCGUUUUGAAUUCAUAUCAUGCCACUUUGUGUAAUUACACACAUCGCAACACCAAGAAAACGAUAGAAAUUAGGUCGAUUGUCAAGCUAAAAGGACCCGCCCCCGAGAUGCCGGAAAUCUAGCAUAUUGUGUGCGUGACGUCACUUUCGGGAAACAGCCGGCUCAGUGCUUGGUACUGAAUGGCGGCGAUGAUGGCGGACAAUUUUGUUUCUAUUUGCAGCGGGGAAUCCGACGAAACGAACAUUCUUCUAAUGGGGACGAGGAGAGUUAUGAACCUUUCUUUGGUGUUUUGGGUUAUCAAUUUGAGCCCAAACGAAAGCCAAUGCAGCCUAAUGAAAGGAUCAUUGAGGAGAGCAAUCACACUGAUGAAACACCGGCGGCAACAGAAACACCGAAUGGUUUGUUUUGCAUUUCUUUUUGUGAAGCUGAUACACCGUGACCGCAAAAUAAAGUAAUGUAUAGAAUAAUUAUCAUUUAAUAUGCUAUCAUUGGUUUCGCUCUGCCAACCGACACAAAUAUGAAUGGGAUUAGAGCAAGGGUCCCCAACCUUUUUUGCACCACGGACCGGUGUGAUUUGGGUCUUUUUUUCACGGACUGGUGUCCCACUUUUAUAUUCAGUUGGACUCUCAAUGUUAUCCAAUGGUGCUAAAAAACUAUUUACAUCACAAACAUACAUGUGCAACACGGAAAUGGCGUAAAUUAACGCUUAACGACACGGCGAAGUCGUUAAGUGAGAGGGCUACGUGCAGUUGUUGUGUGCGCCAAACAUGGCAAACGUAAGUUAAUAUUCCUUUCGUUAAAGAAAGUUUGUAGUGUGUACUUAGGAAUCGCUGCAUUCGCGGUCCUUUUUAACGUUACGCGCAUGCCAACUUUGUCAGAACACCGGCAAUGGGCGGCAGAAAAAUACAGCAAAUAUAAAAUAGCAUUUGUUUUUAGCCCCGUCGUGUUAAGUGCAGGGAAAAAAUACGACUCACCCGCUGAAUCGGUGGGAGGGCUGAGUUUGUUUCGUUGAGACGACAUGGUCCCGAGAUGGGAGAGUGAGAGAAGCUAGCAUCACAAAUACACGAUGUUGGAAAUUGUAGCACAGUUUUCAGCUCGCUCCUAGCGAUGUCGGGAUAUUCCGAAAUGACUUUAAUCCAGAACUUCGUUAGAGUUGUUGUCUCAAAUAUACGUUUAAGUCGCCGUGAUUUGCGAUCUCUACAAGCUGAUAUUCCUGUUCCACAGACAUGCUCGAAUCACUCGAUUUAUUCACAUACGGGUCACGAAUUCACUCCUUCGCAGUUCGUGGGUCUUUAGUGAUUGGGAAGUAGCAUAAAUUUUGUUUUCUUUGAGGUUGUAGGCACAUUUUCUGGCUCGUCAGGUUCCCGUUUCCCUGUAAAAUUGCAAAAUUAGCCCUCUUAGCACUGACGAACUUUACUCAUUGUCUGCGUAGUCCAGCUCUUUUUCUCGCGUUCGGGAACUCAUGGGUACCACAUUGCGACAAAUGGCUAUGUGUAAACCACAUAGCAUGACAGGUUUGAACCAUUUUAGCGAUUUUUUGAUAAAACACGAACGCAACUCUCUCGUCGAUAAACAACGAUGGCACCUGCCUCGACCUUUUGUUUCCUUGUUAUGACGUCUCCGCCCCAUUCGGCUGUUUCCGGAACACUUUCGGAAAUGUUCGUCAUUUUCGAUCUAUUUUCGAUAAUUGCUCAUUAAUGUGAUUGAUUUUUUUGUUAACUUUAUCAAUAUUUGUUAUCUUGGCACAUAACGGUUCUAUUGAUGUCUCACACCCCCUUUGCGUUUUCAUACAGUUUAAAUAGAAUUAAAAUAUAUAGAUAUUUAUAGACUACCCACAGCCACAGCCUGGGUUGCUUAAGAUUGGGUUGCAAGAACUAGAUUAAUUGCAUAAAAAGGUAAGUAAAAGUUGUUUUUUUGAGGGGGCAAAAGCUCAAGUAAAGUUUUGCCAUUUUCAGCCACUGGGUCAACUCUAGUCUACAUGUCAUGCCUUAGUGUCAAAAAGAAUUCAUAAGUUAAUAAUUUAAAAAUGGAUAAGUUAGUUAAGAUGUAAAUAUUGUUGUGUAAAGGUUUCAUCUAAAAAACACUGGGACUGAGACCAUUCCUUGUCCAGCGAAUGUGGAUUUGUGCUUAGAGCAAGAGCAUCUGUCGCAAUUAUCGAUCUUUGACGCUAUUCUUUUCCCCUUCAUUCAAGCUUGUAUCUCAGCGGCUAUAACGUCGACGAAGUUUCUCUCCCAGCUAAGACUAGGCUAACAGUCGUCUUUGUAAGUUUUUAGUUAGUUUGUAUUUUGAAUUUGAAAGGAAAAUGUGUGUUUUGUUUUUGCCGAACUUUUUCAUGAUGUUUAUGGAUAUGAUGACCAGUGUUUGGAGUAACGCCGUUAUAAAUAACGCCGUUACGUAACGGUGUUAUUUUUUCAGUAACGGGGUAAUCUAACUAAUUCCUUUUCCGCCGUUACAAUGCCGUUACCGUUACUGACGGUCAAAAGUGGUGUGUUACUUACUCUGAAUAAAUUGAAGAAACUCCCAGCCGUGUCGAGUCGACUCUCUGCUCUGUUGAUUUGUCAUCCAAGACUUGGGGUGCGUUCAGGUUCGAGAACAGCGCACGUACUUCAGACUCCAAGCUGUUUGUCCCUGCUCAUUCAAUUAGACAAUGCUUUCCAAAGUUUGGUAACGUUUCUGUGUUUGCUACACCUGAUGCUAGCCACGUUCCCAUCUCCCACUGUCAGCCAGCAAUAAUUCUGCUUCCAUCUUGAGGACGGCAGACGCUUUGAAGGUGACGUGAAUUGUCGGGAAACAAGCCUACCUGAAUGCAGCCCCUCGAGAGAUGCGAUGGAAGUGAUUGCUAUUGGCUGAGGGUUAGAGUCAUGUGUCGUGGUAAGCCAAUCAGAGCCGGUGAUUUCACAAGCAAACCAGAACAGCGCGUGCGGCAAACACAUACACGCAAAACAGAUGCACAGGGUCGGGAUGGCAGAGCAUUCAGAAGAAAAAUUGUCCUUUAAGAGGUGGAGAUAAAGACACUAUUUCAAGUUUGUCGAAAUUAAAGGAAAGAACCUGCAUGUAAUGUGUAAUUUAUGUCCCGGGGCAAAGCUUUUGUCGACAUCUGUGGUAAGCAAUUCAAAUCUGCUGAAGCACCUAACAAGUUAACUACCUGUCUGUUCUUCUCUAUUCCACUGACUCGAAUACUGCUCAGAAAAUUUCAUAUUCUUUGACAUACAACAAGUUCUUUUUAAAGUAACGGAAAUAGUUACUUUCCCUGGUAACUAGUUACUUUUACUAUAGAGUAAUUCAGUUACUAACUCAGUUACUUUUUGGAAGAAGUAGUGAGUAAUGUAACUACUUUUUUAAAGUAACGUGCCCAACACUGAUGAUGACUUCCUCAAAUUCUGUUGUGUUUGUGCUAAUGAAGCUACUCGCACGUGUAAAAUACUAUUGCACAACAUUUUAAAUGUAUUCAUUUUGUAUAUUUCAGUUAUCAUGUUUUGAGACCUCCAUAAAUUCAAGAAAAGUACGCCUUUUGUUUGGAGUGUUUCUGUUUUGGUUCGCCGGCUGAUUAGCAGAAUAGCGUCACUGACACACACACACACAGCAACAACAGGAGAGGGAAGAGUGAGAGCUGCCGCUCCAAGACAGUUCUGGCUGCAUUUUUGAGACAUGUAAACUAGCGAAUACCGAAUAUGACGGAAAAUUUUAGUGGUUUUGAAACCGUGACGUUUUCAUACCACGGUAAACCUUGAAACCGGCACAUGCCUACUCUGAGGGAAGGAGGUUAUUCCCCCAAAUCUCACAAUGCAUGGCCCUGGUCAUCUUUUCCUUAAUACAGUGCAGUCGUCCAGUCCCAUGUGAAGAAGAACACCCCAGAAGCAUGACGCUACCACCCCCAUGCUUCACAGUAGGGAUGGUGUUCUUGGAAUGGUACUCAUCAUUCUUCUUCCUCGAAACACUAUGAAUGGAAUUAAGACCAAAAAGCUCCAUUUUUGAUCUCAUAUGACCACAUGACUUUCUCCCAUGACGCUUCUGGAUCAUCCAAAUAUCUGCAUGGAGGAUUGGGCCAAAAUACCAGCAACAGUGUGUGAAAAACUUCUGGAGAGUUACAGAAAAUGUUUGGCCUCCGUUAUUGCCAACAAAGGGUACAUAACAAAGUAUUGAGAUGAACUUUUGGUAUAGACCAAAUACUUAUUCUAAUUUGCAGAUAAUUUCUUUAAAAAUCAAACAAUGUGAUUUUCUGUUUUUUUUUCCCCACAUUCUGUCUCUCAUGGUUGAGGUUUACCCAUGUUGACAAUUACAGACCUCUCUAAUAUUUUCAAGUGGGAGAACUUGCACAAUUAGUGGUUGACUAAAUACUUAUUUGCCCCGUUGUAUUUGCAGUAUUUUUCGCCAUAUUGCUAAUUUAUUCACUUGAACACAUAAUAUUUGAGGAACUGUUGAGUUCCAUGCCAACAAAAAGCACACCACACAUGCUUCAAAACCUUUUGCCAAGUAUUUUUGAUCAUAUUUCUUUAUUAACAAUUAUACAGAUUACAAUACUGUCUUGUGUUUUUAUUGCACAUAUUGCAUCUUACUUACAUACUGAAAAACAAUGGCCAAACGUGAAAAAACCCAACAAUAAACACAAACUUAAACGCCAUUUGACUAUUUCUAAUACUCCUAAUUCCUACAACUGAAGCAAACAUUGUACAAAAAGUGUAAGGCUUAACACUUAAAUGAUUCCACUGAAGAUUAUUUCAAAUUGACUGACACUAUAGUGAAAAAUAUGAGCAUUUUAAUUCAGGGUGCGACAAUAUAUUAGGGGUGAGAACCUCUUUUUAAUUCACGAUACGAUAUGAUUUGCGAUACAAAGCUCACGAUACGGCGAUACGACGAUUAUCGAUACAUUGGUCAGGAAAUCUUUCUAGAAUAUUCUACAAAUGAACUAAUAAACAAAAAAACAAGCUAUUUUCAUUAUUCUGCUGUGAAUGGGAAUGAGUUUACUACUAGUAGACAUUCGUUCAUUCGCUGCCAUCCAUCCCACUUCAAACUGAGAGGACGUCUACUACUAAUAAGCAUUCCAAAUCACAGCAGAAGAAUGAAAAUACCUUGUUGUGUGUUUAUUAGUUGUGUUGUAGAAUAUUACAGAAUGAUUUCCCGAUAAUUAUUAUCCCCCCAUUAGGGUUGUUCCGAUCAUGUUUUUUUGCUCCCGAUCCGAUCCUGAUAUAUCCCGAUCCGAUUGCUUUUUUUUUUUGCUCCCGAUUCAAUUCCAAUCAUUCCCGAUAAUUUUUCCCGAUCAUAUACAUUUUGGCAAUGCAUUAAGAAAAAAAUGAAUAAAACUCGGACGAAUAUAUACAUUCAACAUACAGUACAUAAGUACUGUAUUUGUUUAUUAUGACAAUAAAUCCUCAAGAUGGCAUUUACAUUAUUACCAUUCUUUCUGUGAGAGGGAUCCACGGAUAGAAAGACUUGUAAUUCUUAAAGGAUAAAUGUGACUUUGUAUAUUGUGACUAAAUAUUGCCAUCUAGUGUAUUUGUUGAGCUUUCAGUAAAUGAUACUGAAGGCCAUGCCCAAUGCAUGAUGGGAAGUGGAACCAUGACAAGUGAAACCACGACUGUGCGUAGUGCUACCAAUUCACCUAUCUUCUCUGCAAUGCGAUAUAACUUAUGGUGUUAAGAAAAAGAUCAAUUGCUACCUUGCUUCCCCACAUUUCUCCCAUGAUAUUUCUAGUCGUAGGGAGAGGGAUUGUAAGGCUUUAACCAAUUAAAAUAAGGUUCCAAAAGUUGCCAAAAUUCACUCUACUCAUUAUACGCUGCCUUUUAGCUCUCUAUAUAGGCAAAGCGGCACCAUUACAGAUGGAGCGCGUCAAUGCGUGAGUAGGUCGUGCAGCGCAUGCAUUAAUUGUGUUAAAUAUUUAAACGUGAUACAUUUUUUAAAAAAAUAACUCAUUUGCUCCCAGAAAUGUAUAAAUACGUUGUAUUUUUAAAUGCUCCACUGUCCCAAAAACGUAUUUAUACGUCUUUUGCGUUUUUAUUUUUUAUAAGAAGCAUAUAUAGCUUCCGCUGUAUCUGAGAAACAAAGAACAACGCUCCAAACCCAUUUUAAAGCAAUAAAACUGGCCACUGGAGGGCAGUAGCGCAUUUUGUAAGACCAGGCAACCCGAUUCAACAGCAGUGAACAGCCAGGCAGCAUGGUCAGAGCGUUGGCGGCAUGAAGCUAGGCGGCGCUCCGACCGAACAAAACAACGAGAGGACGCCUGGGACGCCGGGCGCUGGACGACCGUGCAAAACAAGUUGAAACCCCCCGUGGAGCGGCUCGCCAAGCAGACCCCGCAGAAAUGCAAAAAUAAUCCAUCUUGGUGAGACAGACAACGAUGAGGGAAAAGUUUACACAGCUGACGUGGCGACAACGGCGUCAUCUCGGCGACAAACCGUCAUCUCUCAGUAGUCGUGUGUGAAUAAAUUGUUACUUUGCUAUCUAAAGUUCUAUUUGUCUGGUUGUUCAUGGUAUUUUGUAAAAGGAAAACAUUAUUCAGAUGUUUGGAAUGUAACUAAAGCAAAAAAUAGCUUUGUUAAAGUCAAAGUUAUGUUUGAAAUGUCUGCGUUUACAAAAAGCUAAUUUUCUCUGUUUUUUCAUCAGAAAUUGGAAAAUUGCUCAAACUAAGCUAUUUUCUAAUGCUGAUUUCUAAAGAAUGGAAAAAGAUACGAACUUACUUUUUUUUUCUGCUGAAAGCAGAGAGUCUAAUCUUUCUUUUGGUGGGUUCCAAGUUUAUAUAGCAAUAGAACAGAAUUUUUUGUGGGCCUUGCAAAAUCAGUCAAAAUCGGCCGGGAGCGAAGGGCCUUGCUCUGGUGAAAAUGACUGGGAGUGAAUGAGUUAAAUACCGCCGUUAUUGGGAUAAAUUUGAUAACCCUACCUUAAGCCUAAACUAAAGACUCUGGAUAAGUGUUACAUAAUAUGUCUGUAACGUUAAAUACAAUUAGAAAACGAUUUAAUAGAAAAAAAUAUAUAAAAAAAAAAGGCAUGGCCGAUAUAUUUUUGCCAAUUCCGAUACUUUGAAAAUGACGUGAGCGGACAUCCCGAUCGAUCGGAACAUCUCUACUCCCCAUAUAGUAAGAUCGUUAUCGUGAGCCUUGUAUCGCAAACUGUAUCGUGAGGUAACCAGAGGUUCCCACCCCUAAUUUCGAUCUAGAAAUGAACACGACGCACCAACUGAAUAUGAAAUACAAGAAAUUAUACAGAGUACUAUACACAUUUUUUUAAAUACUUAACAUUGAAAACAUUCUGUAGUUAAUCAGAAUUUUUUUACAUGCAAAAUGUACACCAUUCGAUGUUAUGUUAAUCACAUCCUUCCAAAGCAGAUGUAUACUCGUACAGUGAUCCCUUGUUUUUCCUGGUUAAUGGGGACCAAAACCUGCCACGAUAAGUAAAAAACAGUAAAACAAAAAAGUAGCGCCCCCACUAAAAAAAAAAAAAUAAAUAAAUAAACAUUGGUAUUUUGGCCCAUUCCUCCAUGUACAUCUCUCGAGCAGUGAUGUUUUGGGGUUGUCGUUGGGUAACACAGACUAUCAACUCCCUCCGCAGAUUUUCUAUGGUGUUGAGAUCUGGAGACUGGCUAGGCCACUCCAGGAACUUCAAUUGCUUCUUACGAAGCCACUCCUUUGUUGCACUGGCUGUGUGUUUGGGAUCAUUGUAAUGCCGAAAGACCCAGCCACGUCUCAUCUUCAAUGCCCUUGCUGACGGAGGAAGAUUUUCACUCAAAAUCUCUCGAUACAUGGCCCCAUUCAUUCUUUCCUUUACACAGAUCAGUCGUCCUGGUCCCUUUGCAGAAAAACAGCCCCAAAUCAUGCUUUACAGUGGGUAUGGUGCAAUUCAGUAUUCUUUUUCCUCAAAACAAGAGAACCUGUGUUUCUACCAAAAAGUUCUAUUUUGGUUUCAUCUGACCAUAACACAUUCUCCCAGUCCUCUUCUGGAUCAUCCAAAUGCUCUCUAGCGAACCGCAGAAGGGCCUGGACGUGUACUUUCUUCAGCAGGGGGACACGUCUCGCAGUGAAGGAUUUGAGUCCUUAGCGGCGCAUUGUGUUACUGAUAGUAGCCUUUGUUACUGUGGUCCCAGCUCUCUGGAGGUCAUUCACUAGGUCCCCCCGUGUGGUUCUGGGAUUUUUGCUCCCCGUUCUUGUUAUAAUUUUGAUGCCACGGGGUGAGGAGGUAGUUGAAAGUCCGUGUUGCCCAAACGACAGCCCCAAAACAUCACUGCUCUAGAGGAGAUCUGCAUGGAGGAAUGGGCCAAAAUACCAGCAACAGUGUGUGAAAAGCUUGUGAAGAGUUACAGAAAAUGUUUGGCCUCUGUUAUUGCCAACAAAGGGUACAAAACAAAGUAUUGAGAUGAACUUUUGGUAUAGACCAAAUACUUAUU